UCGUAGGCCGUAAUUUUCCGAGCGAUUAUACGAAGUGCCAUCUCUAAUUCAUGGUUAGAAGUAUAGAGAUAUAAAGUGCCCAUAUAUAUCUAAAUUAUUUUCAAUCAUUGAGUCACCUGAAUUAUGGAUUGUCGGACUUGAAGAGUUUUUUGAUAAAUAUUGUAAGGCUUUAUUCAUUGACGUUUCAAAGUGUGGUGGAUAUUGCUGUAAUUAAUUACUUUAAAACACCAAAAUACCGAACGAGAAUGGCAGAUGUCAGGUCACUAGAGUACCCAACCUUAAAGGUUCCAUAUGAGUUAUUGAACAAGAAGUUCAGAGCAGCCCAAAAACAUGUUGACAGGGAAGUCUCCCAUGUGCAAGCUGCUGCACUGGAACUAGAACGUGUUCUCCAUGGAGACAUAGUGGGAGCAAGUGAUAUUAGCCGUUUACUGGGUGGAAUGGUUGAGAAACUGCAAGUUCUUAAACGCAAGGCUGAUGAGAGUAUCUCAGAGGAACUGGAGGCAGCAUACGUAUGCAAGAGACGCCUUGAGCACUUGCGGGAACAUGCUGCUUCUAAUGGGCCAGUUACCAGUAGUUCUACCACAGGAACAGUGAAUCUCUGGCGAAAGCGUCGACUGGAUCGCAUGUUGGUGGAAUACUUUCUGCGCCGAGGUUACUAUGGGGCAGCUACACGCCUUGCCCAUCGUUCAGACCUCCGAGACCUCACAAAUAUUGAUGUAUUCCUGAUCUCCCGUGAGGUUGAGCAAUCGCUUGCACAACAUGAGACCUCCAAAUGCCUUGAAUGGUGCUAUGAUAAUCGCUCAAAGCUGCGUAAGCUGAAGUCCACAAUGGAAUUCAAUUUGCGAAUUCAAGAAUUUGUUGAGCUGGUGAAAGCAGAUAAACGUAUGGAUGCUGUCAGGCAUGCUAGAAAGUAUUUCACCAUCUUUGAAGAUGAACAGCUGCAAGAUGUGCAGCACUGUAUGGCUCUGCUAGCUUUUCCGACAAAUACAGAACUGUCACCAUACAAGGAACUCCUAGAUGGGAGCCGCUGGGAACGUCUGAUUGAACAGUUUCGUCAAGAUAAUUAUCGCCUGUUCCAACUUGCCUCUCAGUCUGUCUUCACUGUUGCUCUCCAGGCUGGCCUUUCAGCUUUGAAAACACCUCAGUGCUACAGCAAUUCUCGCGACAGCCGAAACCCAAGCUGCCCAGUGUGCCAGGACUCCUUCAAUGAACUUGCACAGCCACUACCUUUUGCUCACUGUUCACAGUCAAGGUUGGUGUGCACUAUCUCUGGCCUUCCUCUCAAUGAACAUAAUCUACCCAUGAUGCUGCCUAAUGGAUAUGUGUAUGGGGAAAAGGCAUUGGAGCAAAUGGCAAAUGAAAAUAAUAGUCAAAUCAUAUGCCCCAAAACAAAGGAGGUCUAUCCAUUCAAGAAACUUGAGAAGGUGUUUGUAAUGUAAAUAUCACACAAGGUUACUGAUGAUACAGAGUUCUGUUAUGACAGUGCAAUAUUCUUCUGUGCUGUCUUCUUUAAUUGUGAAUAUAUUUUUGCCACGUUCAUGUAUAUCGAGUAUUUAACUCCUGCUACAAUUGAAAUUGACUUGUUGCCAUUAAUAAUAAAUAUUAUAAAAAUGGCUUAGUUUAAGUGUUAGAUGCAUUGUAUCAUGCUUAGAUAAUAUAUUAUUUAGAUGAUGUAUAUUAUUAACAAUUACUGCAUGUCCAAAAACUUUUGAGGAAAUAUAUUUUGAUAAAGUACAAUGA